AUGGGGGCAGAAGGGGAGGAGGGGGCUGUGGAGGCGGCCACGGGGUUCGAGGUGGGCAUCGUGGUGCCCAAGCUCUCCCGCGCCGCCGCGGCGGGGGCCGCCGACGACUGCGUGGCGCGGCUGGUGCGAGAGCUCGAGGGCGCCGGCCUGCUCGUCGAGCGCGUCCGCGGCGUCCCCGCUGAGUUCAUCAAGCUGGCUGCACCAAUGGGGACCCUGGGGAGAGCUGCUGCUGAGAUGCAGAUGAAGAAGCUAACCUACAUCGGAAUGGAGCUUCAGUUUGAAUGGGACCAGGUCGCAGCAUUCGUUAGGCAGCCAGAUGGUUCGCUGUUCAGCUGGAGAGAACGCUAUUGCUGCUUCCGCUACUUGAUAUAUGGCAUUGUGAACAAGACAAACUCUGAAAUAGUUCUUAGAUUUGAUGAUAAGGAGUUCCAUUGGAAGCAAAGUGAGUCCUUAUUAACAAGGCUGGAAGCUGAAGGAGUUGUAAAGCUAGUAUUCCCUUUGCAUGAUGAAAUUAAAAGGAAGCAACUCCUGAGAAAUUGGGCGCUUAAUUGGCUUGAGUUCACAUGGCAACCUAUCGAUGAGAUUUACUCCUACUUUGGAACAAAGAUUGCAACAUACUUUGCGUUCCUAGGAAUGUAUACGCGAUGGCUUUUCUUCCCAGCUGUUUUUGGACUGGCAACUCAACUCAUAGAUUUUGGAUCAUUGCAGUGGUUGGUUCUUCCUGGUUUCUUUAUCUUUGUUAUUUCUUGGGCUGUCCUCUUUCUGCAAUUUUGGAAACGGAAGAAUUCAGCACUUCUUGCAAGAUGGGGUAUUAAUUGUUCACUAUCUGAAUACAAAAAUCUGGGCAACGAACUCAGCUUCUUGAGUGAUUCUCUUACUGUUGAGGAAAAGGAGUUUGGUGAUGUGUCUGCUGAGAAAAGAAAGUUACAAAGGAACGAAUGGUUUGGUGUCCUCCUUAGAAUAAGGAAUAAUGCUAUCAUUGUGCUGGCUAUCAUUUGUCUUCAGCUGCCAUUUGAGUUGGCCUAUGCUCAUCUAUAUGAAAUUACAGAAACUGAGGUUACGAGGUAUUUGUUGACUGCAGUAUAUCUUGUUGCAAUUCAAUAUUACACCAGAAUUGGUGGCAAGGUGUCUGUCAAUUUGAUAAAGUAUGAAAACAACCAAGGAGAAGAGUCUAGUUCCGCUAGUUUAGUUUAUAAGGUCUUUGGCCUUUACUUUAUGCAGUCAUAUAUUGGGUUAUUUUACCAUGCUUCUUUGUAUCGUGAUAUACUGGCCCUCCGGCAAGUCCUCAUCCAGCGCCUCAUUGUGUCCCAGGUAUUAGAAAAUGUGAUUGAGAAUUCCAUUCCUUACCUCAAGUACAGUUACAAAAAGUACAUAGCUGUUCACAAGAAAAAGCAUGAGAAAGAAUCACCAGUGGGUAGGUCAGUCCGGUUAUCAACAAGAGUGGAGAAAGAGUAUUUAAAACCCUCUUACACUGCAAGCAUUGGAGCAGAACUUGAAGAUGGUUUAUUUGAUGACUUUCUGGAGCUGACUCUUCAGUUUGGAAUGAUCAUGAUGUUUGCCUGUGCAUUUCCAUUGAUUUUCUGCUUUGCAGCUCUGAACAAUGUUACUGAAAUCAGAGCAGAUGCAUUGAAGUUGUUAGUCAUGUUGAAAAGACCUGUCCCCCGUGCUGCAGCUACAAUUGGAGCAUGGUUGAACAUAUUCCAGUUCUUGGUUGUGAUGGCAAUAUGCACCAACUGCUUGCUUCUCGUUUGUCUGUAUGACGAGGAGGGGAAAUGGAGGAUUGAGCCAGGACUAGCAGCAAUCCUCAUAAUGGAGCAUGCUCUCCUCUUAAUCAAGUUUGGUUUCUCCCACUUCGUGCCUGAGGAGCCUGCGUGGGUGAAAGCAAAUCGUGUAAGAUAUGUAGCUCAGGCACAAAACGUCUGCUCCAAACAACUUUUGAGGAGCAUUUCAAAAUUUGACAGAAAACUGGAUUGA